AUGAAGUGCGUUCAUCCAGACGGUUUCAGGCACCUGGGAGGGCAGCUGCUAGCAUGGCCUGGAUACGCUACCGAACCAGUCGAGGUGAUCGAGAUGGCGGGUCUUACGAACGAUUGGGUGCGCACAACAGGAUUGCAGGUCCCGUCGCUCGUGAAAGGUUGCACAACGUACACGUCGUUCUUGCAACCGUUGCUCACCGACAUGCGCGACCUGUCCCGGUUAUCCAAGGAGCUAGGCGAUGAUCGCGAGGUACAAACUCUGGACGUGGCCCAGCAGACUCCGGGACCCAGAUGGACCAUGCGCCAGUGGUGCCUCUACUGGAAGGAGCGCCAGGCGACUCUGCCGCAGCCGGGCGACCCGCACCACCUGGCUGCUGGCCCCGGCGGCGCCUCCGACGCCCCGUGGGCCCUACGUGUUUCAUGUGUGGCCAUGUUCUUUCAACGCGGCAGCUUCAGCUGUACUUUCCGUGCCCCGCUGUACCCCCCCGCCCCUCUUGUCAACAAAGUCCCGCCCCUCACCUGCGACCCUGUCUCCGCCUCUUAUAACGGCCCCUUUAUACGGCGCGUAAACAGUGACGUGGACCAGUUCCGGGAGACCAGCGCUCCGCGGAAGGGCAUCCGGGAUUCCAACAAGCGCCGCCUGCUGGCUCUUACCUGCGCGCCGCUGCCGGACCAGGCGGAGGCCCCCGCUGCGGCAGCGCUGCGGAUGCCUCUCCCGAUGGCUGCCGCGGACCUGGUGGCGCACCUGGGCCUUACGAGGGAAGUGGCGGCGGCGGCGGCGACGGGUGGCGGCGGCAGCGCCGCCGCCGCAGCGGCGGCGAGACACCAUGUUGCGAUUUGGCCUUCGGGGGCGGCGACCAACUUUCGGCUGCUGCCCGGCGGGGCUGCUAGCUGGUGGGCGGUGGCGCAUGGGCGCAUGAUGUUCCUGCUGGUACCCCCCACGGAGCAGUCCCUGGCGCUGUUUGCAACGUGGACCGCAAGUGGAGCCCGGGACCAUGGCGUGCCGCUUCUUGAUGCCUGGAGCCCCUCCUCGCCACCGCGGCCCCCCCCGCCCUUCUCUUCCGUCCAAGUUGGAUUGCCGCCGCCACCGCCGCCCGCUACCGCCCCUGCAUCAGCGCUGCCGCUGCCGCCGCCGCCGCCGCCGCCGGCGGCUACUUCCCCCCGUGGCGCGCAGCGCAACGCAGCUGACUUCCCGGUUGUCGCCGGCGGCGGCGGCGGCAGCCCUGCGCCGCCGGGGGGUCUUGCUCGUGUGGUCCGUCUUGAAGCGAGUGCCGGGGAGGUGGCGGUGCUGCCGGUGGGGUGGCCGUUCGCCGUGGUGGCGGCGGAAGACAGUGUGGCGGUGUGCGGCCAGCUGCUGACGUUGCACGCGAUGGGCGCUGCGCUGCGGUGCUGGGAGCUGGAGGACCUUCUGCGGGUGAAGCAGCGAGCCCGCUUCCCGCUGUUCAAGCACGUCAUGUGGCAUGCGGUUGUGUCGUACGCAAAGGCGCUGCGGUCCGCGGCAGGCCUCCCGAUGCUCAAACGCCAGCGCGCCUCGACGUCGCGCGACCGUGGCGGCACAGCGCUGGGGCCCGCCGGCAUGACCGCCUCACACAACGUGCAUGGUGGCGGCGGCUCCACGGGGGGUGUGCGGCGUCCGACAGCAGCGCAGCCGCAGGACAGCUCCGCUAUGAGUGGGGGCCCUGGCACAGCGGCGGCGGCGGUCGGCAGACGCCGUAGUACGGGCGGCGGCGGCGCACACGGAGCUGGCGCGGCUGAGCCCGGCCGCGGAACCGCCGGUGCUGGAGCUGACGGCAGGCCAGCUGCACUGGCGGCGGCGGGUCGCAAAAGAAUCACGGGCGAGCAACACGCGGAUUCACCACGGCGCCAGAGCAAUAGCGGCGCCUGCGCCACCGCUGCUGGAGCUGCUGCUACUGCUGCAGCGGGGCAGCCAGGUGUGACCAGCGGUGGUGGUGGCGCUGGCGGCGUGCAGCUGCCGCUGCGCGGCGUGGUGGCCAACCGCGUUGGCGCCAAGGGUGCCUCCCCUUCCUCGCCCCAGUACAGCGGCGGCGGGAAGCGCCUGCGUCCGAACACCGGCGCGGCGGUACGGAUGUUUAACCAGCUGGCGGAUGAUGAUGAGGACGUGGCAACCGCCACGUCACCUCGGGAACGUCUGCCUGGGGCCAGGCUCCGGAGCGCCUCAGGUGCCGGUGCGGCUGACCCUGUCGGCGGUGUGACACCAGCGGCAGCGGGAUCAACCCGGCGGCUGGCCUUGGGCGGAGGGGCCGCCAGAGGCACGGAGGAGCGUCCGAGGCGGCGCGCAGCGCAGGGUCGGAACUGGGAGUACCUCCUAGGGGAGCAGGACGACGACGACAAGGGGCAGCAGCAAGAGGAGGGUGAGGGCGAGGGAGGCGGCGACAGCGGGACCAGCCACGGGAACUCUGGGCGGCAACGCCAGGUACGGCGGUUACAUCUGCGCCAGCAUGAUAUAGCGGAGGAGGCUGGGGUGGAGCCGGACGAUGGAGGCGGCGGCGGAGGCGGGUCGGCGCCACCGGGUAUUCGGCACGGCCGCGGGCGCCGUCGCCGCCGCGGCGCCGAAUCCGACGAUAUUGAUUAUGAAUACGAUGGCAGCGAUGGCAUGUCGCACGACAGCGACGACAUGAGGCCGACAGCGCGGACGCCGCGAGGCGCGCGUACAGGGAGGCGCUUGAGCGACCGCGGCAGCGAGGGCAGUACCCCCGCGUCGCCGGGCAACCGCCGAGGGCGCGGCGACGGUGGUGACAGUGGCGGAAGGCAUGGCCGAGGCCGGGGAGUUAUGCCUGGCUCCCGCGCCGGUGGCGCAGCCGCCGAUGCCAGUGCUGGCGGCGGCAGCAGAGCAGGUCGGGGCUUGCGGUUGCGUAUCACAGCUCGUCACGCAACACCGUCGUUGGAGGUUGGUGUGGUGAAUAGCCGGCCUGGUCCGGGCCCACCGUCACGGCAGGCACCGACGCGGCCGGAGCUUGGCGCCGGAGGCGCUGUGCCUUCACUAGGGGAACAACAGCAGCAGCAUACGAAAGCUUCCCGACGGGUACGGCGGGUGCGUGUGUACGAGGACACUGAUGAUGACGUGUCCCUUGAUGACGCUCUGAGUGGCGGCAGCGGCGGCGGAAGAGGACGUGGGACAGCGGCAGCGGCGGCAGCGGCCCGACGGCGACCUGACGGGGCUGGCGGCGGUGUCGCUGGCGGCGGGUACACCCAGGCUGCGUCGCCUGGCCGGGCGGGGUCGUGUAGAGCGUCGGCCGACGGCGGUCCGGCGGCCCUUGAAGACUCCCUAUCCUCGGGAGGAGACGACGAUCAGCACCAGCGACGGCGGCGAGGAUGGCUCCGACGCAGGCGUCAAGCGCAUGCGGCGGGCGAGGAUGAUAAUGCGCUGGAGGGGGCGGUGGCGGCCGGUGCAGGUGGGCCCGCAUCGGAGGAUUCGGAUAGCCUGGGCGCCGCCGCUGCGGCGGCGGCGGCGGCGGCGGUCGGGCAGCCGCUGGGGAGUCAGGGUGUCCGCCGCCGCCUCCGACGGGCGCUGGUCUCUGAUGAGGAAGACGACGCGCCCGGUGCGGUUGUUGCCGGCAGAGGAGCCGCGGCGCCGCCAACGGCUUCUCAUCCCGCCGCCGCCACCGCUUCAGCAGCGGCAGCAGCCGGUACAACCGCGGCCGCGGGUACGCCAGUGCCACCCAUUAAGAUCAAGUUGCAGCUCCACAGCCGUCCCGGCGUCACGCCCGGAGCGACCCAGCCGCCGCAACGGACCGUACUAGGUGAUCAUCUUCGUCGCUCGCCGUCUCCUGUACCGCCUGUGCUACAGCCGCCGCGUACUAACCACGAGCUUGAGCCAGGGAUAGCCGGUGCUGUCACUGUCGCUGGCGCCGGCGCCGGCACUGGCGCAUCGGCUGGUGGUGGUACGGCGCUUGGGGCCGGGUCUGGGGUUGGGUUGGGGGUGACGGGAGUGGGGCCUGGGUCGGGGCACGGCCUGAAGCUGCGUCUCAGACUUCCUGUCGGACCUCCAGGGCCUGGGGGGCCCCCUGCGCCAUACCCAACCCCAACCCCUCCAAAUCCUCAACUCCUACUCCACCCACAUUCAGAUGGGUUUCACCCAGUCCCUCCGUGUCCUCCUUCCUCGACCCCCCGAUCGACGCUCGAGGGUGUAGCGGACGCCGUCGCAGGAGCCGAUAGGGGGACCCAACGGUCGAAUGGCGGUGCGCAGCACGCUGGGGAAUCGGGCUCAGGGCUCCGUUUCGCAGCAGCUUGUGAAAGGGGAACGAACAUCGAACAUGCUGUGCCCGCCGCCACCGCCGCUGCCGCGCUGACGCCAUGCACGCAGCCGGUACGGCAACCCUCCGGCGAGCCUGUUUGUUCUGGGAGAGGGCAGCUGCCGCCGUCGGCAGGCGAUGCAGGCCCCAGUUCCCCCCGCGCUACUGUCCCUUCUACCGGUGGCGCCGCUGACGGUGACGGUGCCGCCGCCGCUGACCCCGUUUUGGGCUCCCAGGACGAGGCGCUGCCGGCAGACGACAUUCCUCAGCUUGACGGCGCCGGCGAUAUGGACGAGGAAGUGUACGACAUUGUGGGUUCCAGAGCCCCGAGCAGUGUUUCCCCUGAGCGCUGUGGGCCUCUGUACCCCCCCGCCGCUGUCCGGAUCAGGAACAUGUCUGGACGCUUGCAUACUGCCACUCCGGGAAUCUUGCUGCAAGCUACUGUGGACGAAGGUGGGGGAGCCUUGGCCGCGAUCCUCCGUACCUUGGAUCCCACGAGCUCAUCAGUGGCGAUACCCUCAACGGUUCUUGCUGCUACUGCUACUGCGCCGGCGGCAGCGGCAGCGGCAGGAUACAGCGGCGAAGGCAGCCUGAGAGCCAUGGACAUGAGUGUGGAUGUCGGGGCACCUGCCGUUUCCCCUGGCAUUUCACACCCGCCUCAGCCCCAGACCAACUGGUUGCGGCAGCCGCCUGCAGGCGCAUUGACACUGCAGCAUGGGGACCAGCCAUUCCUUCAAAGGCUAAUCCCGCCGCAGCUGCAGCUGCAGCAGCCACAGCAGCCACAGCCGCAACCGCAACCGCAACCGCAUCAGCCAGCAAUGCCCGGCCACCUGAGUAUUCUGCAGAAGCUGCCUCCUGGCGCAACUAACCCGUUUAUGUCGUCGCCACCGCCGCCGGCUGCCCCGGCCACGCAACAGCUGCACCAUCCGAUGACGUCCGAUGUGGGUGGGAGCUCCGCCUCUGCCACAGGGCAGCAGCUGGAGCCCGUGCCGCGGGAGCCGCAGGACCAUCAGCCCCAACUAGGCGGUGUGCCGGCGGCCGAGACCCAACAGUCAUGCCAGGUCCUGGCCCAGAUACAGCCCCCAGAACAGGACCAUGCGCCGUGCCCAGCGGCAGUGCUGGCGGCUGGCGCGCCGAUGCCUGCCCAGCAAGUCGGGGCGGCGGUGGAGAUGCCGCCGGCAGUUUCGAUGGGAUCGUUGCCGGGGGUGUUAAUGGCUAUGGGGCCGGAGGUGCGGGCGCUGCCAGGCGCCCAGGACGAACACCCCCAGAAGAGGCAGCAGCAGCAGCAGCAGCGGGUGCUACAGCCCGCAUCGCAGUUGGAGCUGGCAGCGCAGAGCCAGCAUGUGCAGGACCUGUGUGGGGGGCAGGUACUCGCCAGUUCCAAUCCCGGGACCUCCCCCGCAGCGGCGCUUUUGCAGCCGCCACUGCCGCCUCUCCCAUCGCAGCAGCAGCAGCAGCAGCAGCAACAGGAGCAUCAACAACAACUGCUAUCGCUACUGCAGGCUGACAGCCGCCUCCACGCCGGUUUGGAAGUGCCGCAGAGCCUAGCCCAGUCGCAGCUGCAGCCCGCCGUGGCCGCUGGUCAAUCCGCGGAGCUUGCUACUGCUACCGAUGCUGAGACGACAGCGGCAGCGGCGGCUGUGGCUAGUCUCGCACCAAGUCCAUCGCCGCAGUUUGCGUCGCCUGCCUCACCAGGGCAUGGCGGCUCAGUGGCGCCAGGGCCGUCAGCGGUCACACCUAGUGGCCCUGCGGCGCCGUCUCCGCCAUUACGCGGUGGAGCCGCCUCGGCAGUGCCGGCCAAGCGCGCUUCCGACGGGACAUCUAGACACGCACAGGCGCGGCCGGCACAUCCUCGGCCGCAUGUUAUCAAGUCCAUCUCUGAUGCAGUGCCUGAUGCGCAAAAGGCUCUCGGGCUGGUGCCGCUAGGUGCACAUCGCAGCGCGCAGCAGGCCGUGCCUCCCCGAACCGGCGGCCUCACCAGGAUGAUGCCCAGCCGGCCCGGGCAGCAGCAACGACCUCCAACCGGUAAUGGCCCGCUUUCCGCCGCUUCAGCUCCCAAGCAGCAACAGCAGCAACAGCAGCAGCAAGGGGGCCCGCAUGGAGGGCCUUCGGGGGGCGUUGCAGCAGGAGGUCGUGCCGGGGCCGGCACGUCCUCGGCAACUGCUGCUGGCACGGCUGCUGCUACUGCUGGUGCUACUGGUGGUGCUGGUGCUGCCGCAACAUCUCCAAUGGCCAAGGGGACGGGCGCGGCGGUAGCGGAUGCUCGAGCCACAUCUCCGAGGGCGGUUUCAGCGGCGCGGCCGGGGACAGGGUUGUACGGCGAUGGUGGCGGCGGAGCAACAGUGGCGACUGCGGGUACAAUGGCAAGCCGUCUACCACAGCCGCAGGCGGAGGCCCCGCAAGGGGGCCAUCGGCCGCCAAAAGGAUCAACGCCCCCGCCGCCAGCGCUGCUGCUGCCGCAGCAACAGUACCCUGGAACCGACGCGGCUACCGACGCGGCGACGCCCAUGCAGUUGGCCAUUCGCACCGCCAUUGCGGGCGCCGCACAACGGUACGAUAUGCCGCCGCCGUCGACCACACCGCUGUCGUCGUUUGGUGCAGCGGCUGCCGGGCCCUCGUCCUUACCGGCCGCCACGUCGCCGGCCUUCGCUGCCCCGUAUGGCAGCGGCUCUACGGCAGCCUCCGCCGGGGUCGGGGGACCGCCGGCACCGAAGCCGCGGCCGUCCUUGUCACGGCUGUUGUCACCCUGGGAAAUCCGUGACUUGCCUCUCCUCGUGGCGGCAUUGCGGCGAGGCUUGACGGAGAGCCCCUACCACGACGAUGUGCCCUUUACCAUACGCGACCCGGAGCACGUGUUGGAACAGCUGGAGGAGGCCUUGACGGUGUUAGAGCACCCGGCCUAUGCAGCUGCCGCCGGAGCUGCAACAGCGGCGCCGCCCGUGCCUGCGACGGCAGAUGGUACACCCCCAAUAACUGGGCCAAGUAGAACCCAAGAACCUUGCGAAGGCGGCAGCGGCCCUGGCAGUGCUUCACACGCAACACCGGCUGCGCCGGCGCCGGGCGCUGCAGCGACUGAGGCGGGCGGCUCUGAAGGGGGCGGCGGCGCAGGGCCGCCCGGCAGCGGGAUGAUGCCCAUGGGGCCGCCGCCGCCGCCGGCUGCUCGCGUCCCACAGGCUGCUGCUGCCGCGCAGGCGGUUGCUGUCCCCUAUCCGGCAGUGCGUUUCGCCAACGACGCGGAGCUGCCCCCGGCGUGGCGCCAGAUUCGAGACCGGAUCGCAGCGCAGCGUGAGCAGUCGCCCGGGCCAGGCAGCACCGCCUUUGGCACCACCUUCGACGGAGACACUGUCGAGCAAACCGCGGAGACGGACCCUGCGGCCAGUGCCGGGGCGGGCGGGGCAGCAGGGCCCGGCGGCAGCAGACGCCAACCGCCAGGGCGCACCGGAGGCCCUCGGCCGCUCAGCAAGAAGGUAGCCAAGCUGAAGAAGGGUCUGGGCCUUUGA